UCCAAAGGACAUCAAGGGCCCACCAUAUCCCAAGUCCCACGUGUAACAAAAACAAAGCCUUCGUGUGCAUAUAUCCAACGCCUGAAAAAGGAGGCAAUAGGUGUGAAAGUAGAAUGGCCGUACAUAUAUCCAACUACCCUAUAACCGUUUCCGUCCGCCGGAUCUCUCUCUCCCAGCCUCCUGGCGACCGGAAAGAAGCCCCGCCGGAACUUUCGCCCCGGCGAGAGAGAUCUCCGGCGGAGGACUUCGCUCCGCUCGCCGGGGUUUUCCGGAGGCGGCUCCUUGCUGGCGUAGGUUCGGCUUCUCUGGUCGCCGUCGGGGCCAAUUUCGCCGGAGUCACGAGCUUCCUUCUCGGUUUCUCGCCUGAAAUCGGCCGGAGAUUGAAACUCGACGUCCUUUAUCCGGUCGAGGGCUACAGCCGUUGCUUGGAAACCAACGAAGGAUUUGAAUUCAUCUACCCAGCGAACUGGGUUGGAGAUCAGAGACUGUUGUACAGAGCAGCUGGAAAGGCAGAGUUAGAGAGAUCGCUUGAUCCCCCGCCCUUGAGUGAUAAAAAAUCUGUUCGUCCUCCGAAGAAGAUUAAUGAGCCUAUAGUCGCGUUUGGCCCACCAGGGUCCAAUGGUGAGCUUAACGUCAGUGUCAUCGUUUCUCCGGUCCCUCUUGAUUUCUCAAUUGAAGCUUUUGGCGGUCCGAAGGAGGUUGGAGAGGCUGUGAUUAGGACAAUUUCUGGGUCUGGGCGAAGCCCGGAUAUUAAUGUGACUCUAAUAGAUUCGGCCCUGAGAGAGGAUCCUUCAAGGAAAAUCAACUACUAUAAGUUGGAAUUCAGAGUACAGAGCUCUUCAUUUCUCCGUCACAAUGUCGCUGUCUGUGCCUCAUGUGAGGGCCGUUUGUUUACUCUAAAUGCUCAGGCGCCAGAGUCCGCAUGGCCAGAGGUUAGGGAGGAGUUUCAUACGAUUGCUGAUUCUUUCAGUCUCACCUCGGAAGGAAAAUCUCUCUCUUAAGCUCUUUAUCUCUUCAUUUGUAAUAGUUCAGCAUUUGGUCUUUUAAACAUCCCGAAUGCGCGAUGUUGUAAUGAUUUUCAUAGUAACAUUUAUGACAAAAAGUUAUUAAUGGGGCCCAUCCAAGUGGGCCACGAUGUAAUCAGUC